UUCACUUUAUGCACAACCAUCUUUUUCCUUCUCUUUUGAUUUCUCUCUUUUGUAUUCUACAAUGGCCACUCCUCAUUUGUAUAUUUUGAUUUCGUUAGUAACUUUUCUUCUUAUGCAAACUCUGGGAGAUGCGGCAACAUGCAGUGACUGUUUCACUCAUUCUCGUGCCGCUUAUUAUCCGAAUUCUGAUGAACAAGGAACAGAAACUGGGGCAUGUGGAUUUGGUACCUUUGGAGCAACACUUAAUGGUGGGGAUGUAUCAGCUGCAUCUGAUCUCUAUCGUGCCGGUCUAGGCUGUGGUGCUUGCUACCAGGUGAGGUGCACCAACAGUAACUAUUGCUCAGACAAAGGAGUGAAUGUAGUCAUAACAGACAAUGGUUCUAGUGAUCGAACCGACUUCAUACUAAGCAGGAAAGCCUUUGGUGAGAUGGCUCAGACCACAGAUGCAGCCUCAUCUCUUCUAGCCCUUGGUGUGGUUGAUAUUGAAUAUCGACGUGUGUCAUGUAGCUACCCAGGCAAAAAUAUGACAAUAAAGAUAGAUGAGAACAGCAACUAUCCUAACUACCUGGCUUUUGUCAUUUGGUAUCAACAAGGCAAACAGGACAUCACUGCUGUCCAGCUAUGUGAGACACAAAAUUAUGCGUGCAAGCUAUUGGAUAGGAGCUAUGGAGCAGUGUUUUCUACCACUUCACCCCCAAGUGGGCCAUUGUCAUUAAGGAUGCUAUUUAGUGAUGAUGAUGGUGAGAAUUGGGUUAUUCCGGUUAAUAACAUACCCCAAGAUUGGAAGCCUGGCAAUACUUAUGAUUCAGGAGUACAAGUGAACUAAUCGCCUAACACCACUGCAACUCUGAUGUUCAUUGAUUGCAUUCAUACCAUUUUGAAAUAAACCCCUUGGGGCUUGGGUAUGUAAUAUGUUUCGUUUCAUAGGUUUUGUCUCUAUUCAUUCUGUUCAGAAAUUAGGAUAUGCAUUGACAAGGUUCUUGAUUGUAAUCAUUUUAUUGUUGACUAAUAGAAUAAGAAAAUGUAAUAAUAAAUGCUUAAAUUAUUGCUGUCAUUUGAACAUCCAAAAGAUUA